AUGGCGGUCCAAUCCAAGCUUCGUCAGCAGUCCAGCUGGCUCACGCAGCUCCUCGAUCCUCACAACAGGGCCAAGCAAGGUCUUGGUCUCGUCGCUCUCCUCGUCCUCUUCUCCCUCCGCAAGCAGCUCCAGCAGUGGCUCCAGCAGCGCAACGUGGUUAAGCUUGCGCGCGCACGUUCCGGCUCUGUCAAUCUCGAUGUCGCAGAUGCUUUGAAACAGGUCUACCUGCCCAAACCAGACGGUUCUCGCGACUUGCUCGUCCCAAACCGUGGUCGUGUAUCCAGGGUGCCCAUCAAACCCACAACAUCACGCACCUUUGACAACGACUAUGCUGCUUUCCGCAAGCUUCCUCCCACUUCCGAUGCAAGCGCAGCAAACGCAGGCAAGAAACAGCUCUCACAGCAAGACGCCAGCCGCACGCAGAUCGAAGACGCAAAGGCCAUGCGCGCAGAGGGCGGUGCUGCCGCUGCCACUGCAAAGAAGGUCGGCGUCAACAAGGAGUUCUUCCGUCAGCUCAAGGCCAUCUUCCGCAUCCUCAUCCCGCGCAGAAACAGCAAGGAGGUCUUCAUCUUCCUCCUCCACACAUCCUUCCUCGUACUCAGGACCUACCUCUCCAUGCUCGUCGCCCGCCUUGACGGUAUCAUCGUCCGCGACCUCGUUUCCGCCAACGGUCGUGGCUUCCUCCGCGGUCUCGGUCUCUGGUUCUUGCUCUCCAUCCCAUCCACCUACACAAAUUCCAUGAUCCGCUUCCUCCAGUCCAAACUCGCCAUCGGCUUCCGCACGCGCCUCACAAGAUACGUUCACGACCUCUACCUCAACGACAAGGCCAACUUCUACCGCAUCAUCAACCUCGACGGCCGUCUCGAUGCAGCAGAUCAAUACAUUACCACCGACAUCGCUCGCUUCUGCGAGACCCUCGCAGCCCUCUACUCGAACGUCUCGAAACCCGUGCUGGAUCUCAUCAUCUUCAACUACGCCCUCAGCCGCUCUCUCGGUCCCCUGGGCAUCCUUGGCCUCACCACAAACUACCUCUUUACCGGCUGGAUCCUUCGACAGGUCACCCCUGCUUUCGGCAAACUGGCUGCCAUCGAAGCAAAGCUCGAGGGAGACUUCCGCUCCGCGCACAGUCGACUCAUCACGAAUGCGGAAGAGAUCGCCUUCUACAACGGUGCAUCAAUCGAAGCUGGCAUCCUCAACCGCGCCUAUAUCCGUCUUGUUCGCCACGUCAACAGCAUCUUCAAGAUCCGAAUCGCAUUCAACAUGACCGAGGACUUUGUGCUCAAGUACGCCUGGUCCGCUGCAGGGUACGUCAUCAUCGCCGCACCCUUCCUCUUUGGCCAGAAGAAACCGCAGUCAGAGUCGACCGAUGCCGCGCUGCCUGCUGCCAAGCCAACCCAGAUCGACAGCACCGUGGCGUCCAAGACAGAGUCGUACAUCUCGAAUCGUCGUUUGCUGCUCUCUCUCGCCGACGCAGGCAGUCGACUUAUGUACAGUUACAAGGAGCUCGCCGAGCUCGCCGGUUUCACGAGUCGUGUCUACACGCUCAUCUCGACGCUCCACUUGCUCAACAAGGAGCAGUACCAGGCUAUGCCCAGACCCAUCGACCUUGCCGCAGACACGCCCUUCUACGACCUCGGCAACAUCCAAGGCGAGGUCGUUGUCGGCUCGGAUACGGUCGCAUUCGACAAGCUGCCCAUCGUCGCACCGGCGCCUGGUCUGGAACGCGGUGGCGAAGAGCUCGUCAAGGAUCUCACGCUUCGCGUCAAGCCGGGAGAGCACAUUCUCAUCACCGGCCCCAAUGGUGUGGGCAAGACCGCCGUGGCUCGUGUUGUUGCUGGUCUCUGGCCUGUGUUCCAGGGUCGCUUGGAACGACCGUCGAUCAACGACAUCAUGUUCCUACCGCAGCGACCUUAUCUGUCGGUGGGCAGCCUUCGCGAGCAGGUCAUCUACCCUUACACGUAUCCAGAGCAUGUGGCAUCGGGCAAGACGGACGAGGAUCUGCUCGACAUUCUCAAGGACGUACAUCUGGCCUACCUGCCUAGCCGAGAAGGUGGAUGGGAGACACGCAAGGAAUGGAAGGACGUGCUUUCGGGAGGUGAGAAGCAACGAAUGGGCAUGGCGCGUCUGCUGUACCACCGACCCAAGUUUGGCAUCCUGGACGAGUGCACUAGUGCCGUAUCGACGGAUGUGGAAGGGUUGAUGUACGCCAAGGCCAAGGAGCUGGGCAUCACGCUCAUCACGAUCUCACACCGACCUUCGCUGUUCAAGUACCACGAGGUGCUGUUGCGUCUGACGGGCGAGAACGGUGCGUGGGAGACCGACUUUAUCGGUGCCGAGACGGAGCAGUUGAGCAUGGAGCACGAGAUUGAGGAUCUGGAGAAGAAGAUGGCAGAGGUGGAAGGGUGGAAGACGCGCAUCGGCGAGAUUCAGGAGGAGCUUUCGUUUAGCAAAAAGUAG